AUCCCGAAGUCCUCUGGUGAAAGUACACACCGCACAAAACGAUGGUUCUUGCGGACUUCUUGAUCGCCUCGGCCACCGUACUAGGCUUCAUCUCGCUCUUCAAGAACGUACUCACCUUCGCCCGAUGGCUGUACGCCGCGUUCCUGAGGAAGCCGAAGGACUUGCGCGACUACGGCUCGUGGGCCAUUGUCACCGGCGCCACCGACGGCAUCGGGAAAGCACUGGUGUUCGAGCUCGCCUCCAAGGGCCUCAACCUCGUGCUCGUCGGUCGGAACCCCAGCAAACUCGAGGCCACCUCGAGGGAGCUGGGAUAGAUUCGGAGCAACCACCGAGGUCCAUUACAUAGUUAGCACUUCAUAUGCCAUUUACAUAAAAAUUCCCGAGCGAUCGUCAAGACAGUGGUCGCCGAUCUCGCGAAGCUGAGCGGAGAGGAGAUAGCGGCGGCCAUUGCAGGAGCGACGGAAGGGAUCGACGUCGGGUUGCUGGUCAACAACGCGGGGAUGGCUUCUCUCCCGAAAUACUUUCACGAGGUGGAUCGAGAGUUGACGGAGAGCACGUUGAGAGUGAACGUCAACGCAGCGGUGUGGGCGACGAAGGGAGUGAUCGAUGGAAUGUUGAAGAGGAAGAGAGGAGCGAUCUUGAACAUGGGAUCUGGUUCCGCCGUGUAUGUCUCUUCGUAUCCUCUUUGGACCUUGUAUGCCUCCACCAAAGCUUUUCUGGCAACAUUCUCAAAAAGCAUCAGUCUGGAGUAUGAGGGACAAUGGAUUGAUAUUCAAUGUCAGGCUCCUCUUUUCAUUGCCACCAAAAUGACCAGGAUGAAGAGACGGUAUCUCUUCAUACCUUCGGCGGAGACAUUCAGCAGAGCUAGCGUGCGGUGGAUCGGGUACGACCGGGUGUGCAACCCCUAUUGGUCGCACUCGGUUCAGGCGUUCGUGGCACGCACGCUGGACACAAUCACCGUUUGGGGUCUCGAAUGUUACACGAAAUGGGUGAGAGAUCAAGAAAGAUCGCGUCGUUAGGUCAUCGAACAUGGUAAUCGCAUUUUCAGACGCACCCCGACGUAAUUGCAACUUGUGUGCAUGACUUGGAUAUGAAAGCUUGGAGUGGUCGAGCCUUGAAUAUGGCAUGUGAUAUGAAGACUUUCUAUUUUUCAUUCGGUAUGCAUAAGUUUUCAUUUAUACUCUGUGUUUCCGAGUCUUUCAACAAAGUUCGUGCUUCUACUUUGGACCCUCUUAAGCACGAUUCACUUUUUACAUUCAAAUGCUUACGCGGUGGUGCCCACAAGAUCAUUAAA